UAUCGAAGUAAGGUACUUUAUUACCUAGGUAGUUAAUUAUAUACAAUAACUAAAACGACAUCAAGAUUGGUUUCGGUUCCUACCCCACAGAGACAUUCUGUCCUUAAGCUUUGCGGUCGACAUACCAGACAUACUAUUCUUACAUCACACACCGAACACACACACCGCGAUCCUGCUAAGGGAAAUUCCCUCUUAAUUUCGAAGCCUGUCUCAGCUUAAUCGACUACACUCUGCUCUCUCCUUAGGACCUUGUACGUACAUUUCGCCUUCAGCAAUUGCUGUAGGUGCAUUGAUCCUCAACGUCCAAUCGAGCUUGGCGGGCUAUUGCGAGCCCGCAGACGACAUGGAUUACGAAGCUUUAAAAGAACAAUGGAGCGAAGUGGAAGAUCGUGAUGGUGUUCGACUGAGUUGGAAUGUCUUUCCUAGCUCUCGGAUGGAAGCGUCCCGCCUUGUCGUCCCCAUCGGUGCUCUCUACACUCCCCUGAAAGAGAAACCAGACACGCCACUACUACAAUUCGAACCUGUUACAUGUAAACAACCGUGCCGUUCUGUCUUGAACCCUUUCUGUCAAGUCGACGUCAGAGCACGUCUGUGGAUCUGUCCGUUCUGCCUCUCGAGGAACCCUCUCCCUCCUCAUUACAAGGACAUCACCCCUAAUGCCAUCCCCCCGGAGCUACACCCAUCCAACACAACAAUCGAAUAUCGGCUUUCGAGACCGGCACCUAGUCCACCUAUCUUUCUCUAUGUUGUCGAUACGUGUCAAGAGGAUGACAGUUUGUCGGCUCUGAAGGAGUCUCUCAUCAUGAGCUUGAGCCUCCUCCCCGAAAAUGCUCUAGUUGGCCUCAUUACUUAUGGGACCAUGGCCCAAGUUCACGAGAUCGGUUAUACUGAAUGUGCCAAGUCGUACGUUUUUCGUGGCAGCAAAGAUUAUUCUGCCAAGCAAGUCCAGGAGAUGUUAGGUCUUCUUGCCCCGAGUCUCCGUCCUGGUAUGCCGCAGCAGCAACCCGGCCGACCUAUGCUGCCCAUGGGACCCGCUACCAGAUUUCUGCUACCAGUUCAGCAGUGCGAGUUCCAGCUUACUAAGAUCCUGGAACAGUUGCAGAAGGACCCUUGGCCUGUUGCCAGUGAUAGGAGAAAUCUUCGAUGUUCUGGCGUUGCGCUCAGCGUUGCUGUUGGUUUACUUGAGUCUUCCUUCCAAAAUGCCGGUGGCAGGAUCAUGCUUUUCGCCGGCGGCCCUGCAACUGAAGGACCUGGAAUGGUUGUUGGCCCCGAAUUGAGAGAGCCAAUUCGUUCACAUCACGACAUUGACCGUGAUAAUAUCAAGUAUUACAAGAAAGCACUUAAAUUUUAUGAUAAUCUUGCGAAGCGAACAGCCCACAAUGGUCAUAUAAUAGAUAUCUUCGCUGGCUGCUUGGAUCAAGUAGGAUUGCUCGAGAUGAAAGGUCUGUGCAACUCGACAGGUGGUCACAUGAUCCUCACCGAUAGCUUUACUUCAUCUAUGUUUAAGCAGUCAUUCAUUCGAGUUUUCGAGAAGGACGGAGAUGAUAAUUUACUAAUGGGAUUCAAUGCCGUCCUUGAAGUUUUAACAACCAAGGAGCUCAAGGUUACCGGCCUCAUUGGGCAUGCCGUGUCAUUAAACAAGAAGUCAACUUCAGUCGGGGAGACCGAGUGUGGUAUUGGCAAUACGUGCUCGUGGAAAAUGUGUGGUAUCGAUCCUAAUGCGAGCUAUGGCAUCUAUUUCGAGGUUGCAAGUCAAGGCGGACCCACGCAACAUCAACAAGGCCAGCAGAAGGGCAUGAUGCAAUUCUUGACGUAUUAUCAACAUUCUUCCGGGCAGUUUCACCUCCGCGUAACUACCAUUGCUAGGAACUUAAGCGGCCCAGCCGGAGAUCCUGCUAUCGCACAGUCCUUUGACCAAGAAGCGGCCGCAGUACUUAUGUCAAGAAUUGCAGUUUUCAAGGCGGAGGUCGACGAUGGUCCCGAUGUUCUUCGAUGGGUUGACCGAAUGCUCAUUCGGUUAUGUUCACGUUUUGCCGAUUACAGGAAAGAUGACCCAUCCUCAUUUAGGCUGGAAAAGAACUUUACCCUCUACCCCCAGUUCAUGUUUCACCUCCGACGAAGCCAGUUCCUUCAGGUCUUCAACAACUCGCCUGACGAGACCGCCUUCUACCGACACGUGUUAAACCACGAAGAUGUGAGCAAUUCUCUCAUCAUGAUACAACCAACCCUCGAUUCGUAUACCUUCGACCAGGACGGAGGACAGCCUGUCUUGUUGGACUCGACUUCUAUUCAACCCACGCAUAUCUUAUUACUGGAUACGUUUUUCCAUAUUCUCAUAUUCCACGGAGAAACCAUCGCAGAAUGGAAGAAAGCGGGAUACCAAGAUCAAGAAGGCUACGAGAAUUUUGCUGCGCUCCUGGAACAGCCUAAAGAGGACGCGAGGGACCUCAUUGCGGACCGUUUCCCGCUCCCUCGGUUUAUUGUAUGCGAUGCUGGUGGCUCGCAAGCGCGGUUUUUGCUUUCAAAGCUAAACCCGUCAACGACACACACUACUGGGGCAUAUGGCGGUGUUGGUGCUCAGACAGCUCAGACUAUAUUUACGGAUGAUGUAUCACUGCAAACUUUCAUGGACCACUUGAUGAAGUUGGCCGUGAGCGGGACAAAUUGAUCGUUGCAGUAAAACCUAACAUUCUUGGACGAGGAGUUUAUAAAGCUUGCGCUGCGUGGCUUUUUGGGCCCAAGAACUGCUUCGCCAUGACUGUCUCACCACAUACCAUCACGACAAGUAUAGCAGGCUCGCCACAGUAGGUGUUAGUUUUAGAGCACGCUGAUUGUUAGGAGGUAACGAAGCUAGCUCGGAGCGGCUCAUGUAUUUAAUGCUAUUGUAGAGAGCAGCCAGUUCAUACGUCAAUAAACCGUAUGUCCUCAGUGACACGACAUUCA